AGUAAAAUGAGCCUGCCUGUGACUUUAACAACAGCGCAACCUGACAUGCGAAUAUAUAUCGCGCAGCAGUAUCUCGAAGUUAUUGAAGCAAUUUUAAUGAAAAAGAGCAGUGAAUAUCGAACAAAGAAGAAGAAGAAUUAUUGGAUAAACAGAGAGAAUCGAAACGAAACGACCCGUCAUUGGAGCACAAUCGGAUCGUAUCUGCCUAUCUCACAUGGUAGAAAGAGAAGUCUAGUCGGAUUCAAGCAUUGGAGUCCCACUGUAGUUUUUUAUAAACUUUAAUCGUCAAGUGUUGACGUAAGAAUUGUGAAAACUGUGUUUUUAGUAGACAAUUAAUCUAAUAUAUAUAAAAGAUUGUUGAUGAAGAGAAGCAGUGGGAACGAAUAAGUUCAGCUUUAAAGGACAAUGUUGGAAUAGCGGGGAUGAGAAUUAGAAAGAGGAAAAUGGUAUCUGGAAUUUGGAUAUCGGUUUUUAGAUAGUAUGCCUCUUUGGCUUCUCGCACUAGAUGAACCUGCAUCAGACCCAUGCGGUAGCAUCGUGAGACACCCUCCAUCGGGAUAAGUUGGACCGUAUGAGGGGAUGCUCGGACGUGGUAAGGCCUGUUCCAGAGCCGCAUCAGCAACGGCCUUGGCAGUUCCCACGAACGAACAACCCACUGUAGAAGGAGGUUUCGCACAGUCCUUGUACCAAAAUUCCAAUAGGUUCAAUCCUGAUACUGUCCUCCCAGGAGCCGGAAUCAAUGUUCAAGUAGAAUGGAUAGAACCAGAUUCCUUAGACGCCGAAGUGUCCGGAUUGGUAACCAGUUUGCCAACAUCGCAAAAUCCAAAAAGAUGUUAUCGAACAUCGACGAGUUCUGGAUAUUCCAGUCAUUCACCACCACUUUCAGCCACAUCCUAUUCCUGCUGCAAUUCUGCCACACCUCAACAAGGUGCGGUUGGGGUAACAGUUACCAACACCAUCAGAGAUCAAAGACCAGGGUUACCUGUCAUUCACGAGGGCGAAACCAUCCCACGUCCGAUCUGGCCCUGUAUUGGCAGCAAUCCAACAAAAAUCCACCAUGAGGGUUGUCUAGAGCAUAAUGCAGAUGGAAAAGGUAUCCCUUGCUGUUGUUAUGGUUACACUGAUCCUCAUCCUUAUGACGAAUGGGAGUGCGGGAAAACUUCUGGAACAAUGGCUCAAGAAGUGCUUCUGGAGUUAUCUCGAACGCUAAAUUCCGUUUUGGAGGGCGAUACCAGCAUGACACCUGAAGAAAUAUUACGAGACAUUUCUCGAACAAUUACUCAAGGCGUCGAUGUCAACAAGAAAACACUUUUUGAGGAUUAUAUUUAUCGCAAUUCAUCCACAUCAAGUGGAGGAAAAGAUUCCUUUUCCACAGAAAUGAAUCCAAUAAAUUCAAGGGUCUAUGGGAAAACUGAAACCUACCUUGGAUUGCAGAACCCUUCCUGGUCCAGAUCUCACUGCCAUCAUGCAAAAAAUUCUCCUAGUCAGGAUCUGCUCACUACUUCAUAUGGAAAACAGACAAAUCCUCGUUUUGAAGAUGACCAAAACAGGAAAGAAAGUUCCUCAGGAGUUCUUGUGGUCCCAGAAAAUGAAGGAUUUUUUUCGAGAAAUAUUCAUUGUUAUAAUACAAAAAAUUCAAAAAUUUGUUCCUGUAGACGCUCAGAUAAUUCAAAUAGAGUGUCUAAUUUUAAGCAAAAGGAUAAUGGAAAGGAGUCUGAUAGGAUUAAUAAUGAAAAGGAGCAGUGUAAUUUGAGGAAGGAAUAUCCAUCCGCAAAUCAUGAGUACGCAACGCAGCUAGAUUGUGGCGAAGAGGGCUCAUCAAGCGGCGAUAUUAGCAGAUCAUCAUCGAAAGACAGUUGGUGUCGCGAAGCUGGAAUUUUCGAAAAAAGUCUGAAUUUCACUUUGGAUGGAUCACGAGCUGAAAGAUUACGUCGAGCCAUAGAAGAGGCAAAACGAAGACGUCAGUGGUGUCGAGCAAUCACCACACUCUUCGGUCUCAUAUUUUUCGUUCUAAGCGUAGUAAUAGUAUCCUUGUCAGUCACAAAGGGUCGGAAAGUUUUCGGCAGUAUGUAACUUUAAUGAGUUUUCUAUAGUUAAUGUGCAGACAUGAACAAUCUUACACCAAUGAAAUAAUUUCAAUGAUGCUCGAUUACAAAACUUCAAAAAAGAUUAAGGUAUCUUGAAAAGAAGUAAAUUACUAUUAAUCAACCAAAUAUUUUCCAGAUUUAAAAGUUAUAAAAAUUUGUUGAAUUUUAUAUACGAGAUAUCGAAAUAACUGAUUGCAAAAAUGCAGUACACUUGAACCGUUAUUUGCAAAUCCAGCCAUCAAACUUAGAUUAAUUGUUAGUUAUAAAAAGUUACAAGACUUUGAGUUUUAUCAAAGUUUUAAACAUUUUUUAUAUUCUCUUUUAACAUCAUUAAAUUCAUGUUGCUGCUUAGAUCUUACAAAGCCCAGUGAUUAUGGUUCAAUCCUAAACUGAAGCUAUAUGAUUAAAACUAGAGCAAUAAUAACAAUAGUAAUUAAACGUUUAUUUGAAAAUUGAUUAUGCAGCAUUAUCAUUGAGUAGUCGCAUAUUAGUACUUCAUGCAUAAUUGUAGGUCCGGGUGCAACAUGGGGGACAAGCGCUUGAAAACGCUAAAAAGGAUCGCCCGAUCGCAUAGUGAUAUCCAAAUUGUAAAGUUGAAAAAUUUUGAUUUCUACAAAUACUUUUUUUUAGAACAUGGCAGUUUUUUCCUAUGAAUAUUUUUAAUAAUGAAAUUAAAAAAGG